UUUUGGCUCUUUAUAGAUAGGUAUAGAUAUAUUGCAUUGCAGACGUGUCGAUUCGUUUUGUACCGUAAAAAUCUCAACACGUUCGACGCCUCAUCUCCUUGUCAAAAAAAAAAAAGACGCCUCAUCUGGCUCUCCAGUCUCCAGUGCUACACAUUUAAUUUCUCAGCUCUCAAGGCACAAUGGAUCGUGUGCCAGUUGACACAGUCCUGCGUCCUCUGAGCCACUGGAAAAAUAGGAAACGAGAGCUGACAGCUCGCACAAAUGUCGCAUCUCAGCGAUCAGCGUCUCCCCCCCGCGCCCGUGAACUCGCAAAAUAGCCGGCAGUAGUUCACCGUGAACUCGCCGGCCUCCGGUCUUGCCUACGGCACUGCUGAUCUUCUUGCACGCUUGCACUGCAACACAACAAUGAAGUGCGGCGUCGCGUUGCUCGCGGCCGUGGUGAUGUCGGUGUCUGCGCUGCACCACGCCGGCGCGCAUCGGCCGCUCGUCAAGCCGUCCCCGGCGACGACGACGAGGACCGACGCACGGCCACCUGCCCGACAGGUCGCCAAGCGCGCCAACCUCACGGCGAUCCUGACCCUGGACGGGCCCUUCCGCGCCUUCCUCAGCUACCUGCAGGAGACCAACCUCGUGGAAGUGUUCGAGAGCCAGGCGUACCUGACGGACCAGGGCAUCACCAUCUUCGUCCCCGUCGACACGGCCUUCGACGCCGUCAAGCCGCCGGGGCUGUCGGAACUGUCGGUGCAGGAGCUGAAGAACCUGAUGAUGUACCACUCGCUGCCGAAGCACUACGAGCUGGCGGACUUCGAGCGGCUGAGCCACACCAGGCCGGUGACGACGCUCGCCGGCGGGAUGUACACGGUGAACGUGACGUACGACGAGGGCACCGUCCACGUGCACUCCAAGUGGGCCCACGCAAAGAUCGUCGGGAGCGUGUCCGUGGACGCGCCCAUGGCGAUAUACGAGCUCGACCGGGUGCUGCUCCCGGACGCGCUCUUCCAUGCCCAGCCGCCAGUCGCGGACCUGCCGGCCGCGCCACCUCCGAGCGAAGAGGACGCCGGCGAGCCCGAACCGGUUGUAACCACGCAGUUCGGUUCGCCGGUAGCGGUGGACGCCCCUGUCUCGUCGGCGGGCGCCGGAGACGACGAUGGUCGGUUCUUCGCGUGCUAUGCGGCCGCCGCGGCUCUCGGCAUAGUAAUGGCGCUGGUUGCAUUGUGAAUAACCGUGAAGCCUUGAUGUCGUCGGAUUCACCUCAAUCCACAUAUGUUGAAAUUUACCAACAUACGUGGAUUGAUGCGAAUCCAACUAUAUCCCAACAAGGCCUGAUAGAGGUGCUUCUUUAAUUAGUGCGAGAGUAGAAUGUUUGUCACCGGUAGGUGUAGAGUUUGUUACAUGUGAUAAACGGUGGCUGAUGGAAAGGAUUAAUUAUAUUGGAUCGUCAUUUCGCGAAAGCAUA